GACGUAGGGAGGCGUGUGUGACAUUUGCUGCUGUAAGCUAGGAGCCGGAUAAAAAUGAACUGAGGCAGGAAAUAGAUUAUUUUUUUUUCUUUUUAGCAGCUAGUUUGACUUUUUAUUUGGACUUUGUGAUUAUUUCAGCGUUAGAAAAGACAGUUUAGACAGAAUUAGAAAACUUCUACCCCGGCCUGACUCGUUUUAUUACCGGCUAGCGCUUUUUUCUCAAACUUGUACAGUAAAUGUUCGGAGUUGGCGCUGAGCUCGGUUUCUGGAUGUUUCUAACAUGUUGACACAAAUCCGGUAACUUAAAGUUGCUUUCUUGUCCCUGUGUUGCAGCUUAAGCUGUGUUUGCAAACUGCAUUUAUUUUUGCCUACAAGGGUAAAAUUUUGCCUCCUUUCUGCAGCCUUUUCACUUUCCUAUGCUGACCUUUUGGGGAAGGUGUGCUGAAAGUAGGCCAGGUGUGCUGUGGUACAGAUAGGGUGCAUUGUAAUAUAAUCACGGUGUGUGGUACUGGUUCAACUGCCGACUUCAGGGAUUUGUAAGAGAGGUGUCACCAUGCUGCUUUCUCUGGUUGUGCACACAUACUCGCUGCGGUACUGGUUUCCUGCCACCUUCAUGCUGGGAACAGCCCCAGCAUAUGUACUAUCAUGGGGGGUUUGGCGCUUACUCUCCACUGUUCUACCAGCACGUCUUUACCAUAAGUUAGACGACCGACUGUACUGCAUCUACCAGAGCAUGGUCCUGUUCUUCUUUGAAAACUACACAGGGGUCGAGAUUGUUAUAUACGGAGAUAUACCAAAGAAUAAAGAGAACGUCAUGUACCUUUCAAAUCAUCAAUGUACAGCUGACUGGAUUAUUGCUGACAUGCUGGCCAUCAGACAGGGCGCCCUUGGUCAUGUCAGAUACGUCCUCAAAGAUGGACUCAAGUGGCUCCCACUGUAUGGAUGGUAUUUCUCGCAGCAUGGGGGAAUCUUUGUGAAAAGAAGUGCAAAGUUUAAUGAAAAGGCCAUGAGAAGAAAGGUCAUCAGUCAGACUCGAUGUGGAGCACCAAUGUACCUUGUCAUUUUUCCCGAGGGAACUCGGUAUAAUCCGGAACUGCCGAAUGUUAUCGCUGCCAGUCAGACGUUUGCUGAGAGAGAAGGACUGUCUGUUUUGAAGCACACACUGACACCCAGGGUGAAGGCGUCUCACCUAGCUGUUGACAUCAUGAAGGACAGUCUGGAUGCUGUGUAUGACGUCACGGUUGCUUAUGAAGGAACGCUGGAUGACUCCGGUCACAGGAAGCCCGCGCCGUCGAUGGCAGAAUUUCUAUGCAAGGAAUGUCCUCGCAUCCACUUACACUUCGACCGCGUGGACAUCAAGGGGAUCCCCUUAGAGCCAGGGCUUUUCCGCAGGUGGAUGCACAAUCGCUUCGAAAUUAAGGACCGGAUGUUGACAGAUUUCUACGAGUCAGAGGAUCCGGACAAGAAGUGCAGAUUCCCCGGCGAGGGCAGAAUCUCUCCGCUGAACCUUUCCAAGUCCCUCCCCUCAGCGAUGAUUUUGGGAGGGCUAACACUGCCAAUGUUGCUGACGGAGAACGGCAGGAAACUCUAUGUGAGAACCUGGGUUUAUGGGACGCUGCUGGGCUGGCUCUGGGUCAACAUUUCUCCCUAAAAGCUGCAGGGUAGACGACCGCCAUGGUGAGACACAGGAAAAUUUGGACAGAGGUGCCCCUGUCCCGAAUGUUUGACUGUCCAGCUGUUGACCGGAGAUACUGAAAAAUACUUGAACCUUUGUGUAAAAAUGAUUGAAAAUAUAACAGAUUUAUUGAAACAUGAUACAUUUCUUAAAAUAUUUAAAAAGACAAAUAUAUCCUAAUAUCAGUAGAUUUCCGCCAAAUUAGAAUUGUCGCAUGCAGCUUUUCCAUCACUCAUUGACGAUUUAUAAAGCUCAUGUUAUUUUUAAAAUCCAAGGGAGCUGGUCACCUAAAUAAACAACAACAACAAGUCAUCUCUUAAGUGCACUGACUAACCAGUACCAGCUGUAAUACUUUUAUGCCAAGUCCCAUAUCUUGAGGAAUAUGCACUUUUAUUACACAAUGAUGUAUUUUGUUUUUGUUUGACACUGGCAGAAAAAAACAAACAGCACACAGCUCCACCUGCAGGGGUCCAUGAACACGACACCAGCCGCAAUGUUUACCAUACUUAAUGUCAUCUUUUUUUUUUUUGUCUUUUGACUGCGAAUGUAGCUCUAAAAUCACAUUCAUCCAUUCAAAUGGGAGGAAAACGAGAGCGCAAUCUGCUGGAUGUUUCCGUGCACAGUUGUUCGUUUCAGAGCUCACCUGCAGGAAUGUGCGCUGACAAUACAAAACGUGUUCUGCCAGUCUGAAACAUUACUAAACCUUAAAGUGUCAGUCGUUGCCAAAAGCUGGUGUGUUCGCCAUUAUGUUGAAUGGAGAGUCUCUCUGUGUGUUUUAAUGCAUUUUAUUUUUAGCUCUGAUUUACAGCUUCAGAUUUGCUUCUAUCUUAUUUUCUUUGAUUACAGCUGAUUAUCCAGUUUCAUUACUUUGAUACAUAAAUGUAUUGCAUAAUAAACCAUCUUAGAGCUCAUGAAAGUAUCUACCUAGCAAAAAGCUGAUAAAACAAUGUUAACAGUACAAAUUGCAGGUUCCUCUGCACUCAAAGCCAUUUGUAUUAUCACAUCAUUGUAUUAAGAAAUGCACUGUUUGUCCAUUGUUGUUUACUAUAAAGAUACCAUUGCUUUUUCCA